GGAAAUCAAUUCACAUCCAACAAAUAUAAGCAUAAAUUGAAAAGAGAGACGGUGUGGAGAAGAUGAUGGGAGGCUGGUCUAGGUGGUUGGUGGCGGCGGUGUUUCUGGCCAUGGUGGUGGGUCGUGGGACAGCGGAGAUUCAGUGCACCGAUGCGGUGACUCAACUUCUUCCGUGCGAGGCAUUCUUGCUGGGCGGGGGCACGACGCCGAGUGCCGGGUGCUGCGCUGCCGUGCAGUCCCUGGACAAGAUCGCAACGGCGUCGCAGGGCGAUCGUAAGGCCAUAUGCCAGUGUUUCAAGGACACUGCCAGGUCUUUCCCAGUUAACCAAGGCAAUGCCCAGCAACUCCCUCAGCUUUGUCAUGUUAACGUUAACGUCGAUAUAGGUCCCAAUGUCGAUUGCGACAGCGUCUAAAGAUAAAUAAGAGGUUCCAGGAAGUUACGGGCGUGGAGUAACUACAACUACUGCUACUGCUGCUAAUCCUACUUUUCGUCAGCAGAAAUGGAAAAAAAACCUUGGUGCAUAUGUUCGACGCCAAGGGUUGUUUUUGUCCUAAUGGCCUCGAGCCCUAGCUUCUUGUAUUAAUGAAACAGUAUUUACGAACAAUUAAUGUUUGUUCUGCUCUUCA